ACCACGGUCCAUGAAGUUUUGGGCGCGUGUUUGAGAGAGAUAAAAGGGUUUCAAUUCGAUUUGCUGAUUACAGUUGAGAAUAGAAGAGAAGCGAAACGGCAGUGCAAGAUGGAGUUGGACGCUGAUGAUAUCUUCAAAGACGACGAAGACCACACCGAAGCUGAAGCCUCGGUCCUUAAAGAUGAGUCGAGCAAAGAAUACGUGGUUUACUUGGUCGAUGCUUCACCUAAAAUGUUCAAAACCUAUUGUUCCGAGCAAGAAGACUACGAGCUUGAAUCUCACUUCCACAUUGCCAUCUCUUGUAUAUAUCAAGCAUUGAAGACUCAGAUCAUUAGCAACUCCUACGACCAAGUUGCCAUAUGCUUCUUCAAUACUAGGGAGAAGAAGAAUUUACAAGACUUAAACGGCGUUUAUGUAUUUAAUGUUCCUGAAAGAGAGUUUCUAGACAGGCCAACAGCAAGGUUCAUAAAAGAAUUUGAACAGUUGGAGGAGUCAUUUUCAAAGCACAUUGGAAGUCAGCAUGGCAUUGUGUCUGAUACUCGAGAAAAUUCUCUGUACAAUGCUAUUUGGGCAGCUCAGGCACUUCUUCGUAAAGGGUCAGCAAAGACAGUUGACAAACGCAUACUUCUGUUCACAAAUGAUGAUGAUCCUUUUGGUAGUAUCAAAGGGGCAGCAAAAUCAGAUAUGAUAAGAAUGACCCGGCAGAGAGCUAAAGAUGCACAGGAUCUUGGAAUUUCUAUUGAACUUCUUCCCUUGAGUUGCACCACCGAUGAAGUGUUCAAAAUAUCUCAAUUCUAUGCUGAUUUGAUUGGGUUGGAAGGAGAUGAUCUUGUUGACUUUAUGCCAGAAGCAGGAAAGAAAUUGGAGUAUAUGAAAAAUCAGUUAACAAAACGCAUGUUUAAGAAGCGCAUCGUCAAAAGACUUAAAUUCACCAUAGUUAAUGGGAUAUCCAUAGAACUUAACUCUUAUGCUUUAGUUCGUCCCACUGCCCCAGGAGCUAUCACAUGGCUUGAUUCUGUUACUAAUCGUCCUCUGAAGAUUGAAAGAACUUUCGUUUGUGUUGAUACUGGUGCAGUGGUGGAAGAACCUACUGAAGAGUUUUUACGUUAUAAAAACCAGAAUGUUAUAUUUUCGAUGGAGCAACUAUCUGAAGUUAAAAGAAUUUCAACCGGACAGCUUAAUCUUUUAGGGUUCAAGCCACUGAGUUGCUUGAGAGAUUAUUACAACUUGAAGCCAUCAACUUUCCUUUAUCCUAGUCAUGAGGGUACAGACAGCAGCAUGUGCAUUUUCAUUGCCCUUCAUAGGUCCAUGAUACAACUCAACCGUUUUGCUGUUGCUUUUAGUGGUAGUUCCUCUUGCCCUCAAUUAGUUGCUCUCAUUGCACAGGAAGAAGUUAUUCAAUCAGGUAGUCAGAUUGAGCCACCUGGAUUGCAGAUGAUUUAUCUUCCAUAUUCUGAUGACAUCAGACUUGUUGAAGAGCGUUAUUCAGAUACAAGUGGGAUGGUGACUAAAGCAAGUAGUGAUCAAAUAAAAAGGGCAGCUGAUUUAAUUAACCAUAUUGACUUGAGAGAUUUUUCUGUAUUGCAAAUUUCCAACCCUGCCUUGCAAAGACACUAUACUGUACUGGAGGCAUUGGCAUUGGAAGAGGAUGAUGUUGAAGAACCGAUAGAUGAAACAUUACCUGACGAGGAAGGCUUGGCCAGACCAGGAGUGGUGAGAGCAUCGGAAGAAUUCAAAACCGCGGUAUAUGGGGAUAAUUAUGAUGAAGAGAAUGAGAUUGGGAAGCCAACUGAAGCCUCAAAGAAACGAAAAGCAAUGGUAGAGUUUGCAAUUAAAGAGUGUAAACAAUAUGAUUGGGGCGAGCUUGCUGAUACUGGAAAGUUAAAGGACUUGACUGUGGUGGAGUUGAAAUUUUAUCUUACCGCACAUAAUCUUCCUAUGUCCGGAAAGAAGGAGGUUAUAAUUAACCGAAUAUUAAGCCACAUGGGAAAAUGAGCAAGGGGCCAAAGUUUCCAUUAAUGAUUUUGCAAUAUGGAUAACUAGAACCAAAGACUCUUGGCCAUAUGUUCUGCUAAAGUUAAUGUUUUGAUGAUAUCUUAUUCUUGAACCUAUCUGGAUAAAAGAGUGAUCUGUACAUGGUAUUAGGGUAUGUAGUAGCAUAGUUUACCGGUUGAAGACAUAAUCUGUAUUAGACAUCCAACCCUGAUUUGGUUAAAUUGCUAGCAUUCCAGUUAUGACUCAACCCAAUUAGCGUAAUUAUAGAACAGGAAAUGACAUUAAUAUUCUGGCUGGCUAUUACAAGGUGAAUUUUUCCGUUGCCUGAUUUUUAAUAGCAAUAUUUAUACUCAUUUUACUUGU